GAGGGGUCCUGGAGCCAGCCAAGAUGGCGGCCCCCGUGGUGAACUCGGUGCAAUGCCUCUGGAGCCUGGGGCCCGGAGUACGGAGGACCCUCCGGGCUCUGCCGGGACUGACACAGGUGAGAUGGAGCCGCUAUGAUGCUAACUACAAAGAACCCCAACUUGAUAAAGACUACUACCAUCAGCCCUUGGAGGAGUUAACUGAAGAGGAGAAGUUUGAUCGGGAUCUCAGAACCAUGCAGAUCUUCAAAGCUGCCCCACCAUCAAAGACAAGCUCUUUGUUUGAGGACCCAGUGAUCAGUAAAUUCACCAACAUGAUGAUGAAAGGAGGGAACAAAAUACUGGCCAGAUCUCUGAUGAAUGAGACUCUGGAAACCCUCAAGAGAAAGCAAUUUAAAAAAUACCAUGAAGCCAAACCUGAGGAUCGGGAGGCCAUUGAAUGCAACCCCUACACCAUCUUCCACCAGGCUCUACAGAACUGUCAGCCUGUCCUCGGCCUGGUCAGCAUCCUUAAAGGUGGCCGAUUCUAUCAGGUCCCAGCCCCUCUGACUGACAGGCGCCGGCGCUUCUUGGCCAUGAAAUGGAUGAUUCAAGAAUGCCGGGAGAAGAAGCCCCGGCGAAUGCUGAUGCCAGAAAAACUGUCUCAUGAGUUACUAGAGGCCUUUCACAACCAAGGCCCUGUGAUCAAGAAGAAGCAUGAGCUGCACAAGAUGGCAGAGGCUAACCGAGCCUUUGCCCACUACCGAUGGUGGUAGAGGGCGGGAAGGCUUGAGCCUCAAGGUGAGAAUCUGGUACCAUUGCUCAGCUUCUUGCCCUUCUGCUGCUGCUGGCAAGGUCAGCCUGAGCACAGGAAGGUCAUUUAGUUUUUACCAUUGGGGAGGGGGCACCACCAACAGUGUUGGUUUCAAGUUGAGGAAUGGUUAGAGCUUAGAAUGCAACAUCUUCAAGCUUCCUCUCUGGUAGGCUUGCCACUCACAGCUGUUCUUAACCAGUAUUGUAGUAAAGCUUCCACUUAGUACUGGGAGGCAUGUGAGUAGCAAAUUACUCAAGCUGUGCCAUCCUUUUGAGCUCCCUCCCCUUCUCCUCUACCUGCCACCCCCAAAAAACAACACAGGCUUGGGCUCCACAGAUGAGCUCAGCAAAGCCAUUUCCUUUGCCUCAAUUCUAGCUGAGCCUUUGGCUUUUGAAAAAAGAAGCAUCAUUCACUUUAGAAAAGGUUUACUAGAAAAGUCCUAUACUGGUUCAUAAUAAAUUACUUAUAUAUAUGUGUAUAUAUAAAUUUUUAAAUCCCACACUGAACCAGUGUUUUGGUCAGCAGCUCAUUAAAACUUGUCUGGAUAAAAUA